ACGUUUAUCAUUAAAUCUAGACUUUAAUUUCUUUAAUUUUUGAAAUUUUGAUUGUUAUUGUAACAGCUGUUUAAUAUUUUUUAUAAAAAGUUCAAUAAAUCUACUUCGACCAUCUUUUUUUUCCUUCUUUUUUUUUUUAUUUAAUAUGGAACAACAGCAUCAACAGUAUGUGAUAUAUCCACCGGGUUUCAAAGAAUAUUGGUAUCGAGUGUUAAAUUCUUAUCCACCAGAUAGACAUGAAGACGCAAAAGAAUUUAUUAAACAAUUAGUGGCACACGUCAUAAAUAAUGGUCAAUUGGCAACUUACGAUUGGUAUACUGCACCAAUUCCGGAACUUGCUCCUGUGUUUGAAACGGAAGAUGUUUUAGAGGAUGAGUCUAUUGCAACAGAUAUGACAGGAGACUCUUCCGAAGAUCAAGAAAAUAUUAAGCCAGAUAUAUUGACGCAAGCUGAUCAACACAGUCAAAUCAUAUCUAUAACAUCUCCAUUUUCUAAUCAUUCAAUGUCAACUCUUAUAGCAGCGGCAGCUUAUACUGAACCUUCUCAGAUGAUUACAGAAAGAUCAAUUCCUUCUUCAUCAAGUUCUUCGUCAAGUUCUUCAUCAUAUGCAAAACGCCGUAGACAAAGAGAACGUAAUAGAUCAUCUAAACACGAUAAUUCUAAUAAUGAUUUCAAUUUUAUUUGGAAUCCUUCUUUGACUACUAUGCAAACUGAAUGGAUGAAAGAAUAAGAUGCG